AUAGGCUUAUAGCGGUUACUCGAACGUGCAGCUGGAGGGACGCGUAUGAUAAGCACACUGUUUAUUUUAUGCUGGAGAAGCUGCUAAGCUUUUUUAUUUCAAGGAAGACCGAGACGGAUCCGGGGCUUCCGUCGCCGGAAUAUUCCGAUUUUUUCAGGUCUUGGCGCAAUUAGCUAUCGAUCGGUUUGUUUCAGUGAUGCCGUAUCUGGUACGAGAGAAUCUAUUCAUUGGCAACAUCGGCGAUGCGGCGGAGAUUCUCCAAAACGGUAGCAGUGAGAUAACGCAUAUUCUAUCGGUUCUUAGUUCGGUGUCCAUAUCGUUUUUCUCUGAAUGGCGAAGUGGUCUCACUUUCCCUACAAAAGAAAUAAAGAAGGUUUAUGUCGGCGGGUCCCAAGGUGGAUCGGCUUCUGAGGACGAUUUAGGAGAUGGGUCGAGUACUUCAUUGUUCACCGGGAAGCUUUUGUACUCGUUGGAAUAUGCAGGUAAAGAUUUGAAGCUUGUGAGGAUGGCAGUGCCGCUGAGAGAUAUGGAGAGUGAGAAUUUGUUGGAUUAUUUGGAUGUGUGCUUGGAUUUUAUUGAUAAAAGUAGAAAAGAAGGGUCUGUUCUAGUGCAUUGCUUUGCCGGUGUGUCAAGAAGUGCAGCUAUUAUUACAGCAUAUCUUAUGAGAACCGAGCAUCUCUCUCAAGAAGAUGCAAUAGAGUCUUUGCGGCAAAGCUGUGAAUUUGUUUGCCCAAAUGAUGGUUUUCUAGAUCAGUUAAAGAUGUUUGAGAAAAUGGGCUUCAAGGUUGAUCAUGCUAGCCCCAUAUAUAAGCGCUUUCACCUGAAAGUUUUGGGAGAGUUGUACAAUCGUGGGGAGAGAAUAGACAGUUCUAAAUUUGGUGCGGAUCCUGGGAUGCCUACAGAAUUUUCUUCUGAGGUAGAAGCACCAAGUGUAGGAAGUAAUCGUGCAAUAGCGUACCGCUGCAAGAAAUGCCGGCGAAUAGUUGCAUUGCAGGAGAAUGUUGUGGAUCACAGUCCAGGUGAGGGUGAAACAUCUUUUGAGUGGCACAAGCGAAGAGGUGGCAACCCAUUUAACAAGUCUGAUGAGUUUGAGUGUUCUUCCAUUUUUGUUGAGCCUCUACGGUGGAUGACGGGAGUAGAAGAAGGUGCACUGGAGGGCAAGUUAUCCUGUGUUCAUUGUGAAGCUCGCUUGGGUUACUUCAAUUGGUCAGGCAUCCAGUGCAGUUGCGGAAGUUGGAUCACCCCAGCAUUUCAACUUCAUAAAGGCCGAGUAGACAUCGGCACUGUUUAAGAUUCCGAUUUCUCAAUUAUAGUGCUGCUAUCUAAUUCUCCAGCCAAGAAGCCACAAGUUCCUUUUAGAUAUAAUUUAUACUCCUGUAUCAUUCAACAAGGCAUAUCUAUUCCAAGUCAACCAACACUAAUGGAAGACAAGACGUUAAAGAUUUUCAAAAUGUUUUCUUACUAAAUCUAUGAUGGAUUUGAGGAGCUGCAGCUGGAGAUUGUUGUAUAAGGGAUUUGGGUGUGUCUGGUCCAACCAGGUUCAUUUGAUGGUUUGAACAUUAUUAUGGCUAUCUAUAUUUUAAUAUUUUUGGCAUGGAACA